AUGUCGUUCCCGCGUUUGCUCGCGCAGAUUGCGUUCACGGGAUCGCGCAUUUUAGGGCGCGCAUUCAUGGAAGCUGGCCGUCAGGCCGUGCGCAACGUUCGUGCUGGACAAGUCGAGGGCGCCGCAGCGGCGGCGAGCGCGCGUGGCGGUGCAUCUGCACCGUCCAACUCACUGACCGUAACGCAUCGCAUGGCGCUCGACGAAGCACGCAUGAUCCUGAAUAUGCAGGGCGACGUGACGCUGCCGCCACGUGGUCAAGGCAUCCCUGACGAGGUCAAGCGCGAAUUGGUCGAGCGCUAUGAACGCCUGUUUGUGAUCAAUGCCCCGCCUGCGCCCAAGGGCAAGCAGGGCGGCGGCCAGGGGUCGUUCUAUAUUCAGUCGAAGAUUGUGCGAGCGCGCGAGCGCAUCGAGGCCGAAUGGGCCCUCCAAGCCCCUCCGCCUCAGGCGUCGUAA